UCGGAAUUAUUCACAGCGCAAAGAAAAUUUCCAAUCAGAAUUUCCUUUCUCCCAACUUUCAACAGAUUUUAUUGAAUGUAUACCAAAAACAUUCUUACGGACCUGCGGAGCAAAUUACUGCACUGUACCUACUUAGAGCACUUUGCAGUUUAAAACAUAACCAAAAAAUUUAGACAGACGAUCAGAGCUGUUACAGGGGCCAAAAUUAACCGCUCAUUUUAUCAUUUUUUUUUGAGAAUACAAAGUAAUUUAAAGGCCACAAUCCGUUCUCACCACCGACUUUAAAAUGCUUCAAUCGCAGGUAGAUCGUGUUUUAUCAGAGAGAACCCUGAAUAAGGGGUUACUGUCUCGGAUGAACGUAUGUAAACCAGUUCAUAACUUGGAAAAGCGCCUGGCUAUUUUCGCUCCAUCUUUAACACUUCAGCUAGGUAUAGAUUUCAAUGCAUUGGAGCCAAUAUGCAUUUACACGCAAAGGACAACUUCGCUGAGGCUCGCGCAGUACAAAGAUUUGCUGAAUAAUGAAUUUCCGAAAACUGCUAGACAACUCCCGCCAUUCCCGACAGUAAUUCUUUAUCAAUCAGGAAACUGGGACUUCCAGCCAACACCAUUAGAGCAUGUCAUUUUAGGAUGGACUUUCCUACCUGCAGAGGAAUUUGAAUUAGCCGCAGUUCUGGACGCCGAUUCUAAGAUUUCCAGCUCUCAUUGUUGAUCAAUUAAAUCGCUUAGUUUUAUUUUUCUGUAUUUUGCUAUUAUUUAACUGUUACGCUUCUCAUUUGUAACACGCGGACUUGAGUUGAGACGUAGUUGAGAUAAUAUUUUUCAAAAGUAAAUAUUAAUUCGGAAGAAACCAAGUACUGUCGUUUUGAUAGUAGCCCAAAAACAUUCUAAAUAUAUACAAGCCAUAGUUUUGCAAGCCAAACAGCUGCUGAUUUACUAUCUCAAACGCGUUGAUAAAAUGAGCGUCGGGAUACUCUCUCGCUGUGCAAGUAAACAUAAUGGAUAAUUGAUAAGCUCAAAUUGCUCAAAAAGACACAUCAACUUCUUGAAACUUUGCUGUUUACCACAGAACUUAAUCCAAUUACUUUCGUGCAAUCGCGGUAUAAUUAGUUUUUGUUUCAUUACAGAAUUUUAUAGCAUAUGUAGGUAGGUGUGUUAUGGCUUAAAAAUGUAUUAUGUAAAAAUGUAUAAUCUAUUAAAUUUUAUUAGUUUUAGUCUCUUCAAAACUCAAACUUCAAACAAACUGAGGAAUCUACCUUUGAUGAAAUUUUAAAAGAAUUGCAUCUUUAUUUCAUGUUAUUUCAACUAUCAUAUGAAAAUAUGUAACUAAUGUUCGUUACAUUGAAUCACGAUGUAUAAUAAGUAAAAAUUAUGAGAAAAUAGACAUAUCUACUUAUA